UGAAAUCAUUUUCACUCAUCUUUCUUCCCCGCGCCGAGCAUCUUCUCUUACCCCACACUUCCUUUAUCUCUCUACUCUCUCUCUCUCUCUCUCUGAGAAUGUCGUCGACAACAAUCGGCGAACACAUCAGACUCCGACGAGCUAGGCACCAAACCAUCCGCCACAGCGCCGCCGACGAUGAUCCGCCGCUGACCCACGUCGUCCCCCCAAUCUCCCAACCCACUCGCUUCUGUAACUCGGCAAUGUCCUCCUUCUUGCUCCUCCCCACUUCCUCCAACGAGCCCACAAAGAAGAAACAGCUCGGUUUCCCUCAAGCUGCGUCCUUUAGGGGAAUGAACUGCACCGCAGCAGCAGCUCACGAGGUUUCUGUCCCCUCCGCGAUUCGCUCCUCCGCAGAUUGGGACAACAAGAAGAAGAGGAACAAGAAGAAGAAGAAGAAGAAGAAGAAGAAAGGAAGCUACGAGGAUGGUUCGGUUCGGUUCUUGAGCGAGUCUAGAGACGUCGAUGGCAGCGGCGGCUGCGUCGCGGUUCCGGAUGUUUGGUGCGGUCCGGGACUAGGAUUCUCGACGGAUGCUGUGUCGAUGAAUCCUCCGAGAAGGAAUCUCCCGUCGUCGCGUCGCAAAAUCGACGUGGACAAGAACAGUCCUAAUCAGACAGAGGUAAAGGGUUCUUCUGUUCUUACUAGGCGUUUUACCAAUCAAGAACCUCAUUCUCACGCUUUAAUGAGCUCUGAUUCACACGUUGAACCAACCUUGUUCUCAAGUAGAUACCAUGGCCAUCUUCGGCGCCCUUACCCUGAUGAUCUUACCGAGAUGAUGAUGCUCCGGAAUGGUUUUUUAAUGGGAAGGACAACAGAUUCGCUUGAUCACUUCCACAGCUUGAGACUUGACGUUGAUAAUAUGUCAUACGAGCAACUACUAGAGCUUGGUGAUAGGAUUGGUUAUGUGAAUACUGGACUAAAAGAGAGCGAGAUACGUCGUUGUCUUCGGAAAAUCAAUCCAUCUGUAUCCAAUACUCUUGCUGAUAGAAAAUGCAGCAUCUGUCAGGAUGAGUAUGAGAGAGAGUGUCAGGUUGGGAAAUUGGACUGUGGACACAGCUUCCAUGUCCAGUGCGUGAAGCAGUGGCUAUCGAGGAAGAAUGCUUGUCCUGUCUGUAAGAAGACAGCAUACGCCAAGCCUUAAAGAGUGAGCUGUGUGUCUUGUUUAGUUUAUGAUAUCCUAAGAUGUUUCAUUAAAGCCCCUAUGUCUCUUGCAGUUGCUGUAUAGAACCAAAUCAUCUGAUUCUUUAUUUCAUGCGUGUUGUUUGGUGAUUUAGCAGUCAGUUAUGUGUGUUUCUUGAUCUUGUUUUCCUUUGUUGGUUUUUUUUAUUAUGAUAAUUGAAAUAUUAUUUCUAUA